AUGGAUUGGAUGGAUACCUUUUCGUUACCAAUGUCUCCCUUACUCCUCUCAAUAGUGCUGAUAAUCGUAAUGUACAUUAUUAAUACUCAGUAUUGUGGACAAAUAAAAGUGAAACAAGUUCAAUUCACCGAUAAUCAGUCUGUGAUAAUUGACGAAAAGACAGGAUUAAGAGCAUCUGUUAGAAAACUCUCUAUUAUCGAUGAUGUGCAACUGAAUUCCCCAUUUGAUAUCUUUAAAACAGGAUUAAGAAAGUCAAAAGAUAAAUAUUGUUUUGGAAUGCGUCAGUCAUUCAGUUCUCCAAUUAAAUGGAUUACUUAUGAAGAGGUUUAUGAGAAAAUUCAACAGUUUGGAUCAGCGUUAACGACACUGAUGGAAGAAAUCUCCAUGAAUAAUUUUGUUGGAAUUUAUGGAAAAAAUUCUCCAAAGUGGGUGAUAGCACAGUUAGCUGGUGCUGCAUACUCGUUUGUUACUGUACCGUUAUACAGUACUUUUGGUGAUGAAGCUAUAGUUCAUGUCAUUAAUGAAACUGAACUAAAAAUUAUUGUCUGUGACACAAUAUCUCAAGCUUGCCAUCUGAACAAAAUCAAUCCACAUAAACUUAAAAUGUUGGAAAAAGGAUGUACUAAUCGUUUACCUGAAAAGGUCCCGGAUGAUAACGAUCUAUGCAUGAUAUUAUAUACCAGUGGAUCACUAGGUUUACCCAAAGGAGUUAUGAUAACAAACAAAGCUUAUUUAAAUGCCGCAAAGCUAACUAUUAGCUUGGCAGAAGAAAAUCAUUUUUCAACUGAAGAUUUGUCGCAUGUUUCAUUCCUGCCUUUAUCACAUACGAUGGAACAGCUAACGAUGAUAUUGGCCAUGUUUUCUGGUGGUCGAAUCGGUUUUCUCACUGAUGGUAUUGAGUCAUUAUUUGAUGAUUUUAGAGAUUUUAAGCCAACGUUUUUUUGUUCUGUUCCAAGAUUGCUUGUUCGAUUAUAUAUGAAUUUUUCCAAAAAAGUGCAUUCUAAACCAAUAAUUCGGAAAGUAUGUCAAUACGAAAUAAACAAGAGAAUGGAAGAACAGAAACAUGGAAUAUAUCGAAGGAAUGGAAUAAUAGAUUUCCUAUUUUUUCGAGAAUUUCGUGAACUACUUGGUGGUCGAGUAAGAGCUAUUAUUUCAGGUAGCUCUCCAAUAGAUAGAGAUGUUCUUUGCUUUAUUAGAGCUGUUUUGAGUUGUCCUGUUAGUGAAGCAUACGGAUCGACAGAAACACUUGGCUUAGUAUGUAGUACAAUGUUUGAAGAUGUUGAUGCUUACCAUGUUGGAGCUAUUUCCCCUGGUGUGCAAAUUAAACUAAUAGAUGUUCCGGAAAUGGGUAUAUUCGUAUCCAAAGAUCAAAUGGGAGAGAUAUGCAUUCGUAGUAAAUCUAAUAUGCUUGGUUAUUAUAAAAAUCAAGAAAAAACGGAAGAAGUCCUUGAUUCAGAGGGCUUUGUUCACACGGGAGACGUUGGAGUUUGGUUAAAAAAUGGAGCAUUAAAAAUUGUGGAUCGAACGAAAAAUAUAUUUAAAUUAUCACAAGGAGAAUAUGUAGCACCAGAGAAAGUAGAGCAAACCUACUUAUUCUGUAAUCUAAUACAACAUGUGUACGUUGAAGGUCAUUCACUGAAACCUUAUGCAGUAGCAGUGGUUAAACCAAACUUUAGAAGAUUACGCAAGGAAGCAGUAGACAUUAUUAGCAAAUUAUCAAAAACAAUUUCAUCACCUAUUGAAAAAAAGUGUGAGAACAUGAAAGAUAGAGAAUUACUGGAGGAAAUAACCGAUGCUGAAUUAUGCACCAGUAAAGAAAUACGUGAAUUUAUCUUGGAGAGAAUGAACUCAAUUGCUAGAGAAAAAGGUUUAAAGGGAUUUGAACUGGCCCGCAAUAUCUACUUAACACCAGAACCGUUCACAGUAGACAAUGGAUGGUUAACUCCAACAAUGAAACUUGCAAGGAUAAAUCUACGAAAACAUUUUGCAAAUACUAUUAAAAAUCUGUACGAAGAAGAGAAGAGCUGUUAA